AUGCCGGUUGCUGUAAUGGAAGGACUAGACGAGGAAACAAAUUCCUGUUAUGGAAGUGAAUCUCAAAGUCCACAGGACUGGGGCAAUCAGACGGGUAAAGGAGUAUACCAGCAACGACAAAGAAACAGAGAUGCAGCCCGCAAAAGUCGAAAAAAGCAGACAGAGAGGGCAGACAUUCUCCAUGAGGAACUGCAGACACUGGAAUGUUCCAAUGCUGCCUUUGUGAAAGAGAUUGCUGAACUAAAGAAAGAACUGCAGCACUACACCACAGCCUUAAACGAACAUGAAACUCACUGUACACUACUACACUGGCCUACACCUUCAGUGCCUGUCACUGCAUCAGGACCAAGCAAGUCUACCUCAAAUUUAAUUCAAAACCCAAACCCUAGUGAAGAGCUUUUUUUAUUGUCUACACAAGAUACAGCAACAGAGGACUUUUCCCUUGCUGAAAUCCUAGAUGAGUGGCUGCCAUGA